AUGUCUUCUUCGAUCGAGGAUGAUGAGUCCACAUCAUCUGGGUUAUCGUCAAUAGCUUCCGCCGAGCCAUCAUCAACCAUCUCUCUAUCCGACCCAACGCCUGCUCCGACGACACUUGUGAUCGCACCCAAGCCUACCAAUGAAGACGACCUAGACGAUAACGGGAUAUUCCCACCGAUGACCACACCUUGGACCGGGCCUGUUGAUUGCACAUGGACUUUUGAUGCAAACAAGGUCCCAAAGUCGGGUUCUGAUGGCCUCGCAGCAAUGCUUGAUUUGCAGCCAAUUGCUGGAGCGAAGUCAUUGUCUUGCUAUCCCGAUGCCAUGUUCGAUAAAGGCCUUACAGGGGUUUACAGUCCAGGCACAUGCCCUCAUGGAUGGACCACCGUAUCAUUGCGCGUUGAUACUAGUGAGAAUCGGGACGACGAGACAACGACAGCUAUUUGCUGCUCAUCGGAAUACACUCUGGAUGGCAAUUUGUGUAAACGUUCGAUUUCAUCCGUGUUGGCGGUUCCUUUCACGUACAACCAGACAGCUCAGACUUAUGAUGCUGUGUCAGACACACCAACGACUUUGUAUGGUGCAACAAUUGCUGUUUAUACCAUAAGGGCCCUGUUCAAAGAUAGCGACAAAGAUGCACUUGGACUCAAGGAUGAGGACGAUAUCCCAGGUACCGAGCAUCAUGGCCGAUCCUUAUCCCUGGGCGCGCGCAUCGGUAUUGGUGUUGGUGUAGCGGUUUUCGUUCUGCUUGCUAUAGGAGCACUUGCCUUUUGGCUCAUUCGAAGAGAGCGAAAGAAGACGGAAAAGAGACGAGCACACGAGCUCGGUGCGGUGGGAAGCAUGCGCCACACCUCGCCAGGACCAGGAGAUAAUUUCUACGCCAACCAUCGACGCGACAGGAACCGCCAGACCGCAGAGCCACCACCAGCUUACGAGGCUGCUACGGACUCAAACAGCAUGACCGAAAACGAUAGUCAGCUAAGCGAGGAUACGGCGACACGGGACGAGGAGAUCAGGGCGUUGCAAGUCCAGAAAGAGGCGAUUCAACGCCGUAUAGAAGAGCUGGAGCGUUCUGAGACGCAGUCACAAGAAGACAACCGGCGAGGCUAA